AUGAUGGAGGUGGAGAAUUCAAUGAUUAUUGAUGGAUUGGUUAAUUUGUUGAAACUGGUGACAUUGUUUGAUUCAUUGUGUGAUAUUAAAUGCUGUGAAAUAUCAUCAUGUAUAAAAUCAAUAUUUUGUUCAAAUGGAUCAACAAUUGAUAGUAUUAAUCAACGAAGCAAUAAAAAAAUUCAAUUUGGCAAAUUAAAAUUGAAGAAAGGAAUUUCAAAUGAUGAAUUACCAAUAGCUCGCGUGGAAGGUCAUACAAGGUCACGUCUUCUAAAACGUUCUACAACGGAAAGCUCACAGGAAGAUGAUUCAGAUUUGAUAAGAGUACCAAAACAAGAAAAUACAAUUAGUCAACAAACGCGUAAUCAAGGAAUUUCCGCUAAACAUAUCAUUGAUAAGAAUCAAUCAAAAAUAUCAAAAAUAAUGAAAAAUCGUUCGGAAACCGGAAUGAAUACCAAAUGUAAUAGCAAAGAAUUAAAAGAACUUAUGCUAAAGAGUAUUAGUGAUAAUUCAUCAGCAUCAAAACGUUCAAUUAAUGAUCGAGCAGAAGAGAAAUUUGGUGGUAGUAUUGAUGUAAUUUGUUCAAAGGGUCAUUUCUCAUAUGUGUACAGUUCUAAUUUAUAUUGUGAAGCUAUGAAAGGUAAUGUAACAUGUAUUGCAUUUCGACAAACACGUUAA